AUGAAUAAUAAUUUCUUCCCAGAAAAACCAAAUUACUUGACACGCCCAAAGCAUCUGUUCAAGGAGAUCUACCAGUGGUGUGGCUCUACAUGCAAUAAAUAUGAGCGCCUGAAAGCUACUCAGGUCGCUGUGGGCAUUCGAGACAAUGAACGGAAUGGAAGAGCCCAGUUGAUUGUUGUGGAUGAAGGAAGCGAGCCGAAAGAGCUUAUCAAGAUUCUAGGACGCAAGCCAGAACUUCAGGAAGGCGAUGAAAAUGAUGAUGAAGCUGCUGAUAUCACCAACAGGAGAACUGCUAAACUGUACAUGGUUUCGGAUGCAAGUGGGUCGAUGAAGAUGUCAGUUGUGGCAGAAGAAAACCCCUUCUCAAGGGCCAUGCUUUUGUCUGAAGAGUGUUUUAUACUGGAUCAUGGUGUAGCGAGAAAGAUAUUUGUAUGGAAAGGUAAGGAUGCUAAUCCAAAUGAGAGAAAAGCAGCCAUGAAAUCUGCUGAGGAAUUCAUACAGCAAAUGAAUUAUCCUGCCAACACCCAGAUUCAAGUUCUUCCAGAAGGAGGUGAAACGCCACUCUUCAAGCAAUUCUUUCGAGACUGGAAGGAUAAAGAUCAAAGUAAUGGCUUUGGGAAAGUGUACGUCACAGAGAGAGUAGCAAGAAUUGAGCAGAUUGAGUUUGAUGCUACCAAGUUACAUGAGUCUCCACAGAUGGCAGCCCAGCACAACAUGGUGGAUGAUGGCUCAGGAAAAGUGGAGAUUUGGCGUGUCGAAAGCAGUGGCAGAAUCCCCAUAGAGCCUGAGACCUAUGGACAGUUUUAUGGUGGUGACUGCUAUAUCAUACUGUACACCUAUCCCAAAGGACAGAUCAUCUACACGUGGCAAGGGGCAAAUGCAACUAAAGAUGAGCUGACAGCUUCAGCAUUCUUGACUGUUCAGCUUGAUCGAUCGCUUAUGGGACGGGCUGUACAGAUCCGAGUCUCCCAAGGCAAGGAACCUUUGCACUUGCUGAGUCUAUUCAAAGACAAGCCACUCAUUGUUUAUAAGGAUGGGACAUCCAAGAAAGGUGGUCAGGUGCCUGCUCCUCCAACACGCUUGUUCCAGAUCCGCAGAAAUCUAGCUUACAUCACCAGGAUUGUAGAGGUUGAUGCCAAUGCGAGUUCUUUGAAUUCCAAUGAUGUCUUUGUUUUAAAACUGCCCCAAAACUCUGGAUAUACUUGGGUUGGUAAAGGAGCAAGCAAAGAAGAAGAAAAAGGAGCCCUAUAUGUAGCCAAUGUCCUGAGAUGCCAAACCUCUAGAAUUGAAGAAGGUCAGGAACCAGGGGAAUUUUGGAAAGCCCUUGGUGGAAAGAAAGAAUAUCAGACAUCUGCCCAGUUGCUGACUGAGUCGGAAGACCACCCUCCUCGUCUCUAUGGGUGUUCGAAUAAGACUGGCAGAUUUAUUAUUGAGGAGGUUCCUGGAGAAUUCACUCAGGAUGAUUUAGCUGAAGAUGAUGUCAUGCUGUUGGAUACUUGGGAUCAGGUAUUUGUCUGGAUUGGUAAAGAUGCAAAUGAAACAGAACGUACUGAGUCAGUUAAAUCAGCUAAACGUUACAUUGAUACUGAUCCUUCUGGACGAGAUAAAGGCACUCCAAUUGUAAUAGUGAAACAAGGAUAUGAGCCACCAACGUUCACAGGCUGGUUCUUGGCCUGGGAUUACAGCAAAUGGAAAAACUGAACAGGCAAAGACGGGAGCAGCCACAGAAGAGGUUAUCAAAGCUCAACAGUUCUCCAGUGGUUUUCAGCAUGUGCUUAUAUAUCAAUGUUUAUGCAGUUGUUAUUAUGGUCCAUAUUCCACUGUGUAUGUGUAAAAUCUUUCCCUCGUGUGUGUGUAAAGUGCCGUCGAGUCACAGCCGACUUAUAGCAAGCCCAGCA